AUGAAGCUUGAGCACUGCGUGUCGACAUUGGACAAAGCAACGUUCAAGAGGAAGUCGCGUAAGGCACUGGUGAUCAUCUGCCUCGCAAUGGAGGACUCGCAGUUGCCACUGGUGCGCUCGGCGGAGAAUGCGUAUGAUGCAUGGUCGCGUCUAAAGGGACACUUCGAGAAGAAGAGUUUGGCUGAUAAGCUCUUUCUUCGUCGCCGUUUCUUCACGACAACGAUGGGAGAAGGUGAUGACGUGCUAGAGCACAUCAACAAGCUCAAGACCCUGGCGGAGCAACUCGACGCGGUUGCUGCUCCGGUCAGCGAAGACGACUUGGUCGUCACUCCUUUGGCCAGUCUCAGCGAGUCCUAUCAGUUCCUGAAACGGCUCUGGAGUCAAGAUCCGACUCGCUGA